CCGGAACUCUGAAAAAAAAUAAUUUUGUAUUAAUAUCUCGGUGCUUAAAACAGAAUUAUAGUUUGAACCGAUGGAAAAUGAGACAAAAAAUAAAUUGAAUUCGCAAAGUACUCAGUGUUUGUAAAGAAAAGUGCGAAAAUUUACAUAUUUGAAAGAAAUGUAAAAAGAAAAUGAUUGUAUAUUGAACAAUAAAUUCUUUAAGAAUUUCCUUAUAUUUGAAGAAGAAUUGAAGUUGGUGCAAUGAAACCUUGAUACGAAUGAAUGUUUCUUAAAUAUUGAAGUUGGAAGCAAUUUGUGUUCGACAAUGAGAAAGAUUCACGUGAAAAAUCGUGCAAUGCCGUGUCAGAGGACCGUGAAACGCGUGUCGUGCCAGUGAAACGACAAUCGUCCGACGUGCAUCCGGUUGUCUGACUACGGAAACGUAAAACUCGUCCCGUGUGCAUCCGUUUUAUGAAUUAAAUAAACAAGGGGAUUGUGAUGUAAGAGAUGCGUCGUGGUGACAUCGCGGCAACCGCGAUAGCCCUUUUGAUUCUUGGGCAGAUCCAGGGACCACGACAAACAAGGGUGGUCGGUGCAGUGGUGGUCGGGGCAGCCGUUUGCGGCCGUAUUCCCGGUCUGGCAAAGAGUCAAAGGGAGCAGUGCAGAAAAGCACCGCACGCGAUGCCAGCUGUGGGCGAGGGUGCGGAGCUGGGCCUUCGCGAGUGCCGGCAUCAGUUCAGACAUCACCGUUGGAACUGUUCCCACGUGGCGAACGAUCAGGUCUUCGGCCACGUGGUCGUAGUAGGAAGCAGGGAAGCAGCUUUCACGUACGCAAUAAGUUCAGCGGGUGUAACGUACGCCGUGACCGCAGCUUGCAGCAGGGGCAAUAUCACCGCGUGUGGUUGCGAACCCACCGUAAGAACGAAAAAGGAACUGCCACCGAAUGGCUGGGAAUGGGGUGGUUGUAGCGCAGAUGUUACCUACGGCAUGAGGUUCGCGCGUAGGUUUCUGGACGCGAGGGAGGUGGAGGGUGACGCGAGGAGCCUGAUGAACCUUCAUAAUAACAAGGCUGGACGAAAGAUAGUUAAAGCCUUGUUACAAACAGAAUGCAAAUGUCAUGGCGUCUCCGGUUCGUGCACCGUGAGAACCUGCUGGCGAACGUUGCCUAGUUUUCGUCAGAUUGGCGAUGCCCUGAUGAAAAAAUAUUACAGAGCCAGGCCCGUGAUAGCCAUUACACCGCCACCACCCCCUACGAUGCAGAGUUUAGACACCCUGCACUCAACAUCGGCGGAAAUGGUGCCAAUUUUGGGAAACGACGCGAAAACCCAAGGGAAACCGAACGAUCUUGCAAAAUCCCGACGCGAUCGACAACCCCCAAAGAAGGCCAUUAAACCGAGAAGGCCGCACUUGGUACUGAAGAGAACGAAAACUAACGGUGGAUCAAGCGUGGGACAGAAAAGGAUUCCAAAGAGAAGCGAGCUGGUUUUUCUGCAGCCUUCCCCUAAUUACUGCGAGCCGGAUUUGGUACAGGGCAGCCUCGGAACACAGGGCAGAUAUUGCAAUCGUACUAGCAAAGGUACCGACGGAUGCGAUUUGAUGUGUUGCGGUCGCGGGUACAACACGCAUCAAUUUACAAGAACGUGGCAGUGCAGAUGCAAAUUUCACUGGUGCUGUCGCGUGCAUUGCGAGACAUGCACCGAACGUACCGAAGAGUACACGUGCAAAUAAACGAUCGAACGUAUUUGCAAUCCCGGCGUGCGAUCAUGUAAAUAUUUAGUAGAUGCAACUGGCCGCGAAGAGCUGCCCGACAUCGAUAAACGCGACUCGGAAAAGAAUUUCAACGCGAAACAACCGAGAUCAACGAUAAUUUAACACUGUCAUCCCGUAAUCAUAAUGUAUUCGUUAAUUUCGACCUAAAUAAACGAUCGAAGUACACGUAAGUUUUGUAUAGUUCUUUUAUUAUUUAAUACGAUGAACGAUAUUCUUAAUAAACGAUAUUGUGUAAUCAUACGGACGAUAUUUCAGCCUGUGAACUCGAUAUUCACAUUGUUAAACGAGGAAAGUAGGUAUGUGAUAAUUAGAACGUCCAAGUAGGACUUGGAUUAUUCAUUUAGAAUACAAAAUACUCAGAAAAAUAUUGAAAUAUUAAUCGAUAGAGGUUCUACGCCUUUGUUUUGUCAAACAAAUUGAUUCACACCCUCCCUUUGAGUAACCCGUAUAAAUCAACCCCAGUGAAAGGUACUAUUUGUAACCCAAAGGAUACUAUAGUGUAUUUAUAUAGACGAUGAGUAAUGUUCAAAGAAGUAACAUUUUCGAUUUUUAUUGAUGUAAUUAAUGCGACCAUAUAAAUAAUGAUACACGAUCAAUUCCUUUUGUCAGUAUAAAAUUCUGUAUAAAUUCUACCAUUCGAUUACUGUUAGAAAAAAAUAUUUCAAAUAGCUUGUAAGAUACCUGUAACACUAACGAACACUAUAUCAAUGUAAGUACACGUAUAAACAACCGCUCGAUCGAAUUACCUACUACCAGAUUGUUGUAAAUGAAAUGACCGAUUUAUUCGCAAAACCUUUCACAAAAUCUAUAUUUUUAAAUUAUGAUCAUAUUAAAUUAGCAAGAGCUCUCGUCGCGGAAUAUUUUCAUUCAAGUUUGUACAAAAUGACACUUUUCUUUCGUGAUAAUUAUGUUAAACAUCUUAUGUUAUCAACUAGGUCAUUUCAUACGCAACAACUUAAUAAUUUAACAGCCCAGUGGUAUACAGGCUUUCCACGUCUCGUAGAAACAAUGCGUAAGUUAUUAUUUAUUAAAGAGCGUAAAUUAUAACGGUAAGCAGUGUAUCCGAUUCCUUCGACGACUAAUAAAUGAAAACGCACGUUUCUUAAAA